AUGAACGCUGAGACGUCUCGUUACUACAUCGACAACCUGUACACGCAAGACAACGCGAAAUGCUAUCAGGCGCUCAACUUCGUCAAGAACUCCAUCAUGGGCAGCAACAGGCAGAAGGGUAUGGUCAUCGCCAAUGGCAUACUCCCCCGGCUUUUGCAGGUGUUACCUGACCAAACAAAAACACCAGAUAUCCGCCUGGAAACUGUAGUAAUACUUGGCUCAUUAGCUAAAGGAUCUGAAGAACAAGUUAAGUCACUGGUAGAUGCCAAUGUUGUGACUUAUAUAUUUAAUGCUUUCCUUAUGGACGAUGAACCAAAGUUUACAGAAGCGUGUCUUCGUUGCAUAUGUACCAUUCUUCAAUUUCCAUUUUCUGAUUAUUCUGUAGUGUUUAGUGAUGCAGCAAUUAUAAGAAAGCUGAUUAAAACUAUUGAAGAGUCUAUUAGCAACA